UUGGUUACGAGGAAAACAAACUUCCAUCGUCGUUUAAAAUGACGGCGUUGUAGAUGUGUUGGAAUGUGAGUCAUAUAAAUUGUGUGUGAGAAAGGGCGGUUUCCGGUAAUGUGGAAGCAGUGGCUGAGCGAAGAUGUUUCGAUCGAUGUGGACAUACAUUUAUUGGCUUUUAAGACCGGCAGUUAAGUGGAUCCUAAGGAAAACUACAAAGUUGUGUGAGCUACAAAGGAUAUGUUACGGAGAAAAGCCUGGGGCUUCACGCGCCCAUGGUGUGGAAUUCUCCUUACGCUACUCACGAAGUCAGUCUAUUAGGAAACUGCUGGAUGUACUGGAUCGCCAGUGUGACUCUAAACUGUUCAUAACGGAGAGAAAAAGUCUUGUUCCCUUCGCCGUUAAUACUGUGGCCAGUGCGAAGGAAAUCAAUCUCCAUAUUCAUAGACAGUUCAUAAAAUCGUUUAGUACUUGUAUAGAACAAAUUUGGGGCUAUCGGGAACUAAUACACCACGUAGAGUCACUGAGGAAGACGUGGUACGACGCAUCCAACUUAGAUCAUGAAAGGAAACUACUAAGGUUGUGGCAGCUACUGAUGCCCGACAAACCUUUGGAGUCGCGUGUUACGAAGCAGUGGCAGGAUAUCGGUUUCCAGGGGGAAGACCCCAAGACGGACUUCCGCGGCAUGGGUCUCCUGGGGCUGGAGAACCUGAUAUACUUUGCCCAGGAGUACCCCGGGGCCGCGUGCCACGUGCUCUCUCACUCGCACCACCCCCGCUACGGGUACGCCUUCGCCAUUGUCGGCAUCAACCUGACUAGCAUGGCCUACCACAUGUUGAAGGACGGCACGGCCAAGACGCACUUCUUCAAUGUCACCCGCGGCUGCCCCGCCAUAUCUUCCUUCCACCAGUUCUACUGCUUCCUGUUCUACGAGUUCGACAGGUUCUGGAUAGAGUCCAAACCUGAAAAUGUUAUGGACUUCGCACGAAUCAAGGAGCGUUUCGAAAGUGCCAUCCGCACAUCUCUCACUAAUCCAAGUACAAUUUUCAGGUUGAACAUAUCAGUAGACAAUAUAUAGUUAGGUUACCUGGAACGGCUAGUGACAUUCGCUAGAAUUGUUACCUCUCCUUUUGCACGUUUCUUCCCUGUCCUUUCUUGCCAGAAAGUUGUCACCAGGAUGCAGAAUGUGGCACGGAUAGGCUUUCAGAUUUGAAGUUCCUCAAAAGAAAAUCAUUAAGUCUCUUAACAAGAAUGAGUUGUAGAGUGUCAUAUUAUGUGAUAUAAUGGUCAUCAUCUCCACCAAAGUUUUACUUAUUAUGCAGGCUUGGCUAUUUUUUUUUUUUUUUUUUUUUUUUUUUCUUUUGACAUACCAUGUAUGAUUAACUAUUGUUUUUAUUUGAAUUUUAUUGUAUCGACUUUGGUUAUUGUAAGACUGUAAGAUUCCAUUUGUGCUUAUUUAUUUGAUUUUGUUUGCACUUUUUAAAUAUCCUGUUAAGUCCUUACUUUUUCAAGUACGAGACUGUUGCGUUAUACAGGUCGCGACAAAUAGUAUUUCAGUAAUUGAGAAUGCACCGUGUUAAAUGUGUUCAUAGAAUCUAUGAGAAUUAUUUUCUCUUAGUGUUUAAGAUUGCAAAGACCUCUGACAGUGUGGUCAGAGCUAACUUGUGUGUGUUAUAUUUAUUAUGUGAUAUAUUUUUGUGGCUGUGGAUACUAGAAAAAUAUUGCCUGUGCAUGACUUUGAAAAAUUGAAUACAUGCAUUCAGGAUGGAAAUAAUAAAUGAAUGGAAUAUUUCUGUGUUCAAUAAACAGAAAAGAGAUGCUUGUUAAUAAUAAUUUUUUUUAAAAGUGUAGUCAUUAAGUUGUCUAUACACCCCUCAUAAUAUUGACGACUUGUGUGGUUAACAACCGUACAGUUACAUGCUCCCCUGUUACUUUAUUGUAUCGAGAUGGCUAUUCUACUUGAACUUGUCAUUCUAUGUUACUCAGUAAAAAGCGUAUCCUCAUCUAUUUGGCAGAGCAGGCAAUAAUGGGCGAGGACUUUUGGAGGAGCAGAGUCGGUUGUCUCUGUACGAGUAGGGCUGCUAUUGUCCUGACUUAUUCAGCCAGUUAUAGGAGAAUGUGGAAUCCUGACAACUCACCAACUUUGUGUUUGUCACAUACGCAAAAUAUUGCCAGAUGUGAAAGAAGCAGUAAGUUGGAUGAAAACAUCCUAGGACCAAUUAGGCAUUGAACCAAAAACCUUGGCUUCUGAAUUGUACUCGUCCACCAGGCAACACCCCUCGUAGCAUCAGUGCCGACUUUUGCUCUUCUGUGGCCAUUCUAGCUCUAUGGAACAUAUGGGUAGGCCUGAAAUAACACUGUCAUCAGAAGCAAUUCUAUUUCUUAAAAUCAAACAAACUAUCAUAUUUGAUAUGAAAGAAGCUCAGCUUUUACAUUCACAGUAAUUAAGAGAUUUAAUUAGUUACAUUUUCAUACAUUUGUGUUUUGGUACUGCCUCGUCCAUGUGGCAGUAGCUAUACAUUUCAUAAAAGUCCGAGGAACAAUUGUAUUUAAUUUAACAGUGUUAUGUUUUACAUUCUCAAAAAUUAAAACAUAAUCAACAACGUGAAUUUUUUUUUGUCAUGUAAACUUGUAGAGGCAUCCUCUUGAGACCUCUGGAUUUUCCAACUUGCGCUGACAGUGCGAUAUUACCACCGGUGAACAAAAGAGACUUGGUUUAUUGAAGUUGAGUUUGUUCAAUGGGAUAAGAAGAAGAAAAGUUGGGCAUUCAUCUUUGUCUUUCGGUUCUUGGACAAUCAGCUUCUGAUUGGCAAUUUUCACACACUAAAUAAAUCUAAAGCAAACGACCAUUAUAUGGUAGAAUAUGGAGAGCCUUAGCUGUACUUGAACUGCAGACCAUUUCAUAGGGCCUCUACUAACUGAAUUUCCAAAACUGCACGUAACUGUUUACUGUUAGUUGUUUCUCCAAUUAGACCACACACCACUAAGAAAAUGAAUGUACACGAAAUGUACUGU